AUGGAAACGGGGCAGGAGAUUGUGGUGGCGGCAGCGGCGGCUCUGGUGGCGGCGAUGGGGGCUCCUCCGACGACUUCUUUGGCACCUGGGUUCAGGUUUCAUCCAACGGACGAGGAGUUGGUGAGGUAUUAUUUGAGGAGGAAAGUUUGUGCGAUGCCUUUCAGGUUUGAAGCAAUUAGUGAAAUUGAUGUCUACAAAUCUGAGCCAUGGGAGCUUGAUGAGCAUUCGUUGCUGAAGACGAGAGAUCUGGAGUGGUACUUCUUUAGCCCUGUGGAUAAGAAGUACGGGAGUGGAUCCCGCCUCAAUCGCGCCACUGGGCAAGGGUACUGGAAGGCAACCGGGAAGGACCGCCCGGUGAAACACAAGGACGAGUCCAUUGGAAUGAAGAAAACGCUCAUUUUCCACAUCGGACGCGCCCAUGAUGGAAAGCGGACUGAUUGGGUGAUGCACGAGUACCGGCUGUGCGACACAGAACUAGGAAACGCCGGCAUUCUACAGGAUGCAUUUGUGCUCUGCAAAAUCUUCCACAAGAGUGGCGCCGGACCACCUAAUGGGGACCGAUAUGCCCCAUUUAUCGAAGAGGAAUGGGAUGAGGACGCCCCGCUUGUGGUCCCCGGGGAAGUCAUGGAAGAUGGCGUGGCAAAUGGCGAUGAGCAUCAUGAGAUCUUGUCAUUACUAUUUUCUAACAAUCUGUCUCAAAAUGUGUUGCAGGAUGUGCAACCUCUCGUUGCCCCGGCCGAUACCCCCAGCGUCCCUCUCCUGUCGAAGAGGGAUCCUGCACCCAGACCGGAGCACCUCUUGCUGGACAUCGGCAAGAGACCAAAGCGCGAUGAUCCAAACUGCAGCAUCGCCAACGGAUCCGAGGACUCCACCUCGACAAGGAUGAUGACGAAAACCAACUCCCCGCCUGUAGAGAUCCCCCUUCUCGAGACCCUAGGCGCGAGCGACAACCUCCCGGGAAGCACGUCCACGUUUAACUCGGCGGAACUGGAAAAAUCCGUCCCUCCCGGCUACCUCAAGUUCAUCGACAACUUAGAGAAAGAGAUCAUCGAGAUCUCGAUGGACAGGGAGAGGCUGAAGAUUGAAUUGAUGAGAGCGCAAGCGAUGAUCAGCAUUCUUCAAUCCCGAGUUGAGGCCUUGACCAAGGAAAACACGGAGCGCGAGAGACGUGAAUAG